UUUAUUGUGCCAUGGUUAUUUAAAGUCUUUGUGUGCCUACAGUUUCAGAAGGAGCGUUUUAAGAUUGACAUGCCACAUCGCUUUAAGACCUACAACUACAUGAGCCCCACCUUUUGUGACCAUUGUGGCAGUCUGCUGUGGGGUCUUGUCAAACAGGGCCUCAAAUGUGAGGACUGCUCCAUGAAUGUUCAUCAUAAGUGCCAGACUAAAGUGGCCAACCUGUGUGGCAUCAACCAGAAGCUAUUGGCAGAGGCUCUUACCCAAGUCUCAACUAAAUCCACCAAGCGACCUGAAAGCAACUCACAGAGCAACACACAGGAUGUUGGGGUUUACCAGGAUUUUAAUAAAAGUCCUGAUGUUAGUGAUGGGGCUCCUUAUGGUCGUCUGUGGGAGGGUUUGAGUCCUCGUCCCCCCUCUCGAAUCACCCACCAAAUGCGUAUCACUGCUGAGCAUUUCGUUUUCCACAAAGUCCUGGGCAAGGGAAGCUUUGGCAAGGUGCUGUUGGCUGAACUAAAGGGCACUGGUGAAUGGUUUGCAGUGAAGGCGUUAAAGAAGGAUGUGGUGUUGAUGGAUGAUGAUGUGGAGUGCACCAUGGUAGAAAAACGAGUGCUGGCUCUCGCCUGGGAAAAUCCGUUUCUUACACACCUCUACUCCACUUUUCAAACCAAGGUACACCACACACAUUUACAGAAAAAACAACCACAAACCUGGGAUCUCAAACUGGAUAAUGUGAUGUUAGAGGGAGAUGGUCACAUAAAAAUAGCUGAUUUUGGAAUGUGUAAGGAGAAUGUGUUUGGGGAAAAUCGGGCCACAACUUUCUGUGGAACUCCAGAUUAUAUUGCUCCUGAGAUUCUUCUGGGUCAGCAGUAUUCAUUCUCAGUAGACUGGUGGUCAUUUGGCGUGCUGGUGUAUGAGAUGCUGAUUGGUCAGUCUCCAUUUCACGGUGACGACGAGGACGAGCUGUUUGAAUCGAUCCGAAUGGACACACCUCAUUAUCCCCGCUGGAUCACAGUGGAUACUCGAGACAUGCUAGAAAAGCUGUUUGAGCGUGACCCAUCACGCCGUUUAGGGAUUGUGGGUAAUAUACGAGGCCACCUGUUCUUCAAGACUGUCAACUGGUCUGUUUUAGAAAGGAAAGAAGUUGAGCCCCCCUUCAAACCAAAAGUGAAAGCUCCAAAUGACUGCAGUAACUUUGACCGGGAGUUUUUGAGUGAGAAACCCCGUCUCUCACACUGCGAGAAAGGCCUGAUCGAUUCCAUGGACCAGAACGCUUUUGCUGGGUUCUCUUUCAUUAAUCCAAAAAUGGAGCAUCUUGUGCAAAAGUGACACACUUACAAUGUGGUCAGAAAGAAAAAGAUGUAUUAUGUUCAUGUGAUUGUAGUAUUGAGCCAGUUUAUUGCUCUAACCAAGCCAACCAUGAGCACUCUCCUAACUCUUCCUUUAAAAGAACUGAACUCUAACUUUCUGAGAUAAGACAGGCCCUUUGUAACCUAAUAUAUAUUUCGAGCCUCCUCAUGGUGCAUCAGUGAGAUUGCGGUCAUGUUGCAUUUUAGGGUGCCCCAAUCUGAAUGCAAUUUUUUACUUGCCCUUGCAAAGUUAGGAUGUCUAAAAAUAACUUUGCUGGGUUAGUACAAACUUGACCGUUGAAUGCAGGGAGUGUGCUCGAAGUGUACAAAACAAAUUAGGUCAGAGAUUAUAUACAAGUAUUGUUUAAAUCAGUAUGUGCAUGAUACAGUCAUGGAUUAUGUUGUACAUUUCUGCUGUGAUCUGUCUGUUCUCUUUGUGUGUGUGUGUGUGUGUG